AUGAACCUGGAAAUCAUCUACAUGGAAGCCUUAAAGAGCAAUAGAGUGAAAUCAGUAACUCCCAAUCCAAAACAACAGUUCAAAUAUCACCCUAGGGAGCAGCGUUUAAAGAAAGCCAACACACACAUAGGCUACGUCCCCUCGAAUAUCCCAUUAUUAGAGCAUCCGCAACUUCCGAAAAUCGACUUGCAUGCCGUCAUCGAUGGAAAUCCCCUGCUGGCCGCCCUGCUAUUGGGUGCAUCUUUAGGACUGUCUCCCAAGCCCGCAGCCCCCAACCAUCCCGAACUGCUUCCCAUAAAUCCAUACGUCGCGCUCCUGUUAUCUCAGUACGGGCGGUAUGUGCCCCUUCAUGGCGGGGCCAGGGGCAUAUACGGAUACGCUGCGGCUAACAAUUUUCACAAUAAUAAGCCCUUCGGGGCGUACAAGGUGUACGAGGAUGCGAAACGACGGUAA